UUUUUUUGUUUUUGUUUUUGGUUUUUCUUUUCUUUUCCUCCAAAACCCUAAAGCCAAAGCUAUUUCCUUCCAAAAAACUUAAACCCUGUAAGCUGAGAAAUGAGAAUGGCCACCUCAGCAGCCGCAAGAUCCAUUUUCCGCUCCUGCGCCUCCCGCAGCCGUAUGGCAGGCAAGCGGCCUUCCUCUUCUCCCGCGCUUAGGUCUCCCGUUGAAUUGAGCUUCUGUGUGGAGUCAAUGCUGCCCUACCACACAGCAACAGCAUCGGCUUUGAUGACUUCGAUGCUCUCCAUCACUCGCCGCAGUUAUGGUUGGCUUCCAGAAGCUUGCAAUGAUGAUGUGUGAUGAUUGUUCCAAGGAGACAAGGAAGUUUUAUGUACUUAGUUCUUCAGUCUAAGGCAGUGACUGCUGGUAAUAUAAGAGUUUUGAAUGAGCUGCAGAAGAGAUAAGUUGCAUCUCCUGAGCUUUUAAACAUAGAUGAACUGGUAGACUUGGUUACUUUUGUCCAAGGAAUAAAGACAAUUUCCUUUUUCCUUUUCUGGUUCUCUCUUUUGUGAUGCUCAUUGUGUAGCUCAUAGACUUAAAAAUGGUAAUCUGCAUUGCUGAAUAUUAUUUUUUUUUUUCCCCUUUUCCUUGAUGUUAAUGACCGGAGAGUCAUACUUAUAUUAUUUUCAAUCAGCUUGCAACAACGAUGCAUGAUCAAUUUCCAGUGAGUUCAGUAGAAGUUUUGUUCAAGAUUCUAGCACUUGAAGAGAAUGAUGACUUGGAAGCCUUAACUGCAUGCUUACUGGACAAAUCUGUUCUGAAAUAAACCUUUUCAGUGUUUUAUUUUCUUCAGUUUGAUUACCUUCAGAACUUUAAAUGUAAAAAUUCUAUGACUACAUAGUCAAAGAUGAAUAUCAUCUACUCUUCAUGUUAC